AUGAGUGGUAACAAAGGUGGUGUUUUAUCCCGUGUAUUUGGUGGUUCAUCAAAAGGUGGUGCUAAAACCAAAGUAGCUCAAACACCGCAAGAAGCUAUACAACAGUUACGUGAUGUUGAAGAUGUUUUAAAUAAAAAAGUUGAACAUUUAGAAGCAAAAAUUAACGAAGAAACAGCUAUAGCUCGUCGUGAUGCACGAACAAAUAAACGAAACGCUUUAAAUGCACUUAAAAGAAAGAAACGUUUAGAGAAAACUUUACAACAAAUUGAUGGAACUUUAACAACACUUGAAUAUCAACGUGAAGCUUUACAAAAUGCAUCAAUGAAUGGUCAAGCAUUUAAUGCACUUAAAAGUGCAACAAGUGCUUUGAAAAAUGUUCAUAAAGAACUUGAUGUUGAUAGUGUUCAAGAUAUAAUGGAUGAAUUAGCGGAUCAACAUGAAUUAUCAAAUGAAAUUGCUAAUGCUAUUUCAAGUCCUGUUGGUUUUGGUGCUGAAAUUGAUGAAUUUGAAUUGGAAAAUGAAUUAGCCCAAUUAGAACAAGAAGCUUUAUCACAAGAAAUGGCUCAAAUUAAUUUACCACAAGUUCCGGUUUCUUCACACACGUAUGCACAACCUGCAGCUGCUACAGCAGGCAAAGCAAAGAAAGAUCCAUUGGCUGAAUUAGCUGAAUGGGCAUCAUAA